UUUGCAGUCAUGUGUCAUGGAGGCCCAGGAGUAUGUUUUCACUCCUGCCAAACAUAGCAUUUGGGGGUGGUGGUGGUCUUGUUUUCUGUUUCUCUUCUGUAAAUAUUAUUCUAAAAGCCUUUUAUUCUCAUAGCAAUAGCACUGCACUCACGUGGAAUAUGCAGUAGUUCAGUGAUCCCAUAAACAUUCACUCUCUUUAUUCACAUUUGAGACAGUGGAAGAACAAAAUUGGAACAAUAUGACAUCACUAUCUCUAAACUGUCUUUUACAUGUCAGAUGAUUUUGAACCACUUUGUGGAAAAAGUGGUCGUGAGACUUACUUAAACCCUCUUCUUCUUAGCCUGCUCUUGCCUGUCACUAAAGUGUGUCUCAAUGCAAGGAUACAAGGGUGAAGGGUGUGGUUCACCGGCAUGCUCACAAUUUCAAUCAGCAGUCAAUGAUGACGCACCUGUCCAUCGUUACCUUCUCGGCCUGGGAUUGGCCACAGAGUAUUUCCUGUUUCAUAUUUAACCAGUGCUCUGAGAGAGGAAGAUAUCAUUUCAGCUGACAAGCAAAAUGGCUGUGUGGUUUCCUACAAGUCAGUUGCUCCUCAUUGCACUGUUAAGUUGGAAUGUCCAUUGCUUCCCUGCUAAAAAAGGCUGGAGCCAGCCUAAUCUCUAUGAGGGCAGUUUCUCUAACCAGGAUAUUCCUGCUGGCCUCCAUUAUCGCUCAUCCCAAGCUGCUCCUAUUCAGCCUUCCUAUGUGAAUCAUCCUGCUGUCUCAUUCCUCCAUGAACCAGUAGAUGCGAGAACGUAUUCUAGCCCGAAAACCUACCCAGCAAGCUCUGGUCCUACUACACUCUCGUCCAGUGAGGCUUCAUGGAAUGCGGCUCCUGCUUGGGACCCUGUGGCAGAGUCCACAACUGCUCGUGGUGUGUCUAGAACAUCUCAGCCCAGACCCGACAUUGGCCUUCCUCCUCCACCUUUUUUUCAGGCAGGUGAGCUUGAGCACUAUGAAGAGAACUUUGAGCAUGGUAAUACGGAAAGGGAAACUGAGGAGCUAAACUUUGUGCCCCCACCACCCCCUCCAUAUCCUGCCCCUGACUAUAAAUCCAUCUCUAACCAUGGAACUGGAGAGGGGAAACCAGGACUUGGUUUGAUGGGUCUCCCUCCCUUUGAGCUGACGAGUCUUCCCAAGCCUGACAGCCACUUGCAACCAGUAGCAGUGAGCCCAGUCGGACCAAGCCAGUACUACCUCUUCUUGACGGGUCAACUUCCUCCUGGCACUUAUUCGAACUACCAGGCAGACUAUGAAACUGGAAGAGACCACUGGGAUGAAGUCCAUUAUGAGAGAUACCACUUCCCUGAUGCUCAAAGUCCAGUCAUCUCAACUCAGACCCAGGAGGUUCCCAGUUAUAGAAGACUCUCAAGUCCUAAACAAGCCUGAAGGUCUUCAAACAACAAAGCUGAGGAAAAUGGCAGCUCUAGUAGCUCCUUCAGUUAACUUGUGUAUUUGACAUCUGUGUUCAAGUUUGAAAUAAAAUGUAACAUGCUAAAUUAA